AGAUGGAGGCUCAGAGCAGUUGCCUGAGAUUGCUCAGCUGAUUAGUGGCUGAGCCAAGAUUCAAUCCCAGAACUUCCUGAGUUCUAUAUUCUUUUCAAAAGGAAGUUCUGUGGCAUUUCUACUUUCUCCCAACUCAGGAGAUCUUUCAGAUACCAGAACACCUCCAACGGAUCAAUCAAACACGGGCCUGUAGUUCUAAUGCCUUCAGCUGCGAGUUUAUUGUGAAAGUGAUGUACGAAUCCCUUUCGGAGUUCUUGGCGAUCUCUGAAGAGACAACAGUGACAGCGUUGCAACUUCACUUCCCAGAAAGCCCCGCGCCUUCCUACUGCGCGAGGCAUGACGGACACCUUGCCCCUCUCUCCUCUCCGGUGAAGCAGCCCGACGCAGGCGGGGUACGUCACAGUUUGACGCAGGGGCGCGCGGCAUCCUGGGAAGUGUAGUCCGGUCCGGACUUGAACGCCCCCUCGGAUGAAUGGGUCUACGGCAGGCUGCGAACCACAGUUCCUUGGUCGGCCGCGUUAGUGACGGCAGCGGGGAGAGGGGGAACCGCUGCGGCCCGGAGGAGAGCAGCACUCUGGGACGGUGGUGAUGUUCAGUGCCGUGGCGAGGCAGCAUCCCGGCUUUCUAGGGUAGCGGUAUAGGCGGGCGCUUUCUCCGCGCGCUUGCUUCCUCCGCGCGCUCGCUCUCUUUCCCCUGCCCCGGCCAUGCACCCGGCUUUCGCCGUGGGCCUGGUUUUCGCAGGCUGCUGCAGCAACGUGGUCUUCCUAGAGCUCCUGGCCCGGAAGCAUCCAGGAUGCGGGAACAUUGUGACAUUUGCGCAGUUUUUAUUUAUCGCCGUGGAAGGUUUCCUCUUUGAGGCUGAUUUGGGAAGAAAGCGGCCAGCUAUCCCCAUAAGGUACUACGGCGCCAUGGUGGCCAUGUUCUUCACGGUCAGCGUGGUCAACAACUACGCCCUGAACCUCAACAUCGCCAUGCCUCUGCACAUGAUAUUCCGAUCCGGUUCUCUAAUUGCCAACAUGAUCCUAGGGAUUAUCAUUUUGAAGAAAAGAUACAGUAUAUUCAAAUACACCUCCAUUGCCCUGGUGUCUGUGGGGAUAUUUAUUUGCACGUUCAUGUCAGCAAAGCAGGUGACUUCGCAGUCCAGCUCGAGUGAGAAUGAUGGAUUCCAGGCAUUUGCAUGGUGGUUGCUAGGUAUUGGGGCACUGACUUUUGCUCUUCUGAUGUCAGCAAGGAUGGGUAUUUUCCAAGAGACUCUCUACAGACAGUUCGGGAAGCACUCCAAGGAGGCUUUGUUUUAUAACCAUGCCCUUCCACUUCCUGGUUUCAUCUUCUUGGCUUCUGAUAUUUAUGACCAUGCAGUUCUAUUCAAUAAAUCUGAAUUAUACCAGGUUCCAGUCGUCGGUGUGACGGUGCCCAUCAUGUGGUUCUACCUCCUCAUGAAUGUCAUCACCCAGUACGUGUGCAUCCGCGGGGUCUUCACGCUCACCACCGAGUGCACCUCCCUCACCGUCACCCUGGUGGUGACGCUGCGCAAGUUCGUGAGCCUCAUCUUUUCCAUCCUGUACUUCCGGAACCCCUUCACGCUCUGGCACUGGCUGGGCACCGUCUUCGUCUUCCUUGGGACCCUCAUGUACACAGAGGUGUGGAGCAACCUGGGCCCCCCCAAAGGCCAGCCUCCGAAGGAGGACAAGAGGAACUGAGGCCCGCCCGGAGGAGAGACCGAGGCGGCGCGGGCCGGGCCGGCCGCCGGUCCCCUUGCCGAGCGCGGAGUCGCCGCCCGCGGAGCCGCGUCCUCGGAGGGAGGGACGCGGCGGCUGCCCGGCCGCUGCGCAGACCAGCACGUGCGGCCUCUGCGAGGAGCCUCUCCACCCCUCCACGGGAAAAACAGCAGUUCUGUUUGUUAUUUCCGUUUUGUUUACCAGAAUAUUCAGCACUGUAUUUAUGAAGUCUGACGCCCCAGAGCGACUGGUUUUACAUCUAUGGUCUUGGACAAGAUUGUCCCUUUUGCUGCCGUUCUGAUGAUUCUCUGCCAUAGCAGUCAUUUUCCUCCUGGGGGCCUCAUCCCCUUGUUCUGUCACCCUCGGUCUGUCACCCUCAGCAGCACUCGUCAGUCAGGUGCUCCAGGCACCAGCGUCAGGAGCAGCUGAGUGGCCGGGUGAACUGAGACGCCGGUGAUCCCAGGGCCGGGUCCUCUCUGGAUGUCGGGAAAGAGGCAGGGUACCUGUGAGCCUUGCUGAUGCUGGAGCAGGACUGCUGGGAUCUUUCCCCACAUUUUGCCUUUUUUGCUUUUUCUAUGUACAAGUCCUGUGCUUUCACAACUUUUGCUGUCUGUGCGUAGAACAACCCGGAAGCAUCUCUUUGUGGCACAACGUCAAUAAGAAAGAAAGGUUGUGUAUGAAUGGAUAGAGACAUUUUCUCGGUCUUCUCUCAGUGCUCUCAGUCAUUUGCCUAGAGCUGCGAUGGGGAUGCCAGGAUGGCCCAGGAGAAGCUGGCCUGGGGGAACCCAGAGAGCCUAACCAGUAUAUCCAGUGGGUGUGGUGUGUCAGGCCAAAUCACAACUGAAAUGAAGUUUACCUUUGAUUUAUAGGGCCUCCUAAUGUUUUUUUGUGAGUGUGUGUGUUUUUUGUCUUUUUGCCUUUUCUAGGGCUGCACCCGUGGCAUACGGAGGUUCCCAGGCUAAGGAUCUAAUCUGAGCUGUAGCUGCCAAGCGUACGCCUGAGCCACAGCAAUGCGGGAUCCGAGCCGUGUCUGUGACCUACACCACAGCUCACGGCAACGCGGGAUCCUUAACGCACUGAGCAAGGCCAGGGAUCAAACCUGCAACCUCAUGGUUCCUAGUCAGAUUCAUGAACCACUGAGCCACAACGGGAACUCCAAGGCCUCCUAAUGUUCUUGACGGGUAUUGGAGGAGCCAUGUGUUCUAUUCUCUGUAGAAACGUGCCCCCCUUUUGCUAAUCGUUUCAAAGGUCUGGUUUUCCCCCCAUGGGAUAACUUUAGGAAAGACAAACAGUGUUAGGUGUGUGUGUGUAGAUGUGUGUGUUCUCCCAUAGCUUGUGCUCACUCGGGAGGAGAGAAGAGCAUGAAGUCGGUGUUUCUGUUUCCUCAUCCUUCACUCAGCGUGGACCUGCACUGCCUCACCCAGGUACUUGCCCUGGAGGCCGUCAGACUUAGCAGCCCAUGUCUUUUUGCACAGGCAGAGGCCUCUCCUUUUGCGCUGGGUACAGAUCAUGUUUUUUUUUUUUUUUUUUUUUUUUUCCUAUCGUAGACCCACUGAGCAAGGGCAGGGACCGAACCCGCAACCUCAUGGUUCCUAGUCGGAUUCGUCAACCACUGCGCCACGACGGGAACUCCCCAGAUCAUGUUCUUAAAUCAACAGGUGGCUCUCUGAGGGGGUCUGAGAUAACUGUCCUAGAACCACCGGGGUGCUUUAGGGAAAUCACUUCAGCUGCCUCCGGCUUUCUGAUACAGAAAACGUGGAUAAUGUUACUCUGCCCAGGUCACUGGAUUUUCAGAUGGGUUCGCUCUGGGCAUUGCCAGCUGUCCAGGGCCAGUGACGGUCUGUACUUUAAGAUGCUGAAUUAGGUGUGAACCUGUUCAUGGACUCAAAAGGUAGUUUCUUUGAACCAUGUAGAGUUCUUCAGGUUGAAAGUGCUCUACAUAUGUGUUAAAUUUCCUCUUAAAAUCGAGGACAACAAAAACUACUUUUUUGUUUUGUUUUUUUGUUAAUUUUAGGGCCACACCUGCGGCAUAUGGAAGUUCCCAGUCUAGGGCUUCAGUCGGAGCUGUAGCUGCCAGUCUAUGCCACAGCCACAGCCACGCCAGAUCCAAGCCACGUCUGCGACCUACACCACAGCUCAUGGCAACACCGGAUCCAUAACCCACUGAGCGAGGCCAGGGGUUAAACCUGUGUCCUCAUGGUUACUUAGAUUCAUUUCCACUGAGCCACAAUGGGAACUCCUUAAACUACUUUUCUUACUUCUAAUAGAAGAACCUAUCUCGAGGGGCUAUUUGAUUGGUACAUAUCUGGAGUCUUGAGAGGACAACUCUUAAAAGGAUAGAGCUGUAGAUGACAUAGUGUCACCCUUUGUAUGUGGAUGGGAAAUAUUACAGUCUUCAAUCAACCUGAAACAGUGUUGAUGUACACAGACGGCAUUUAACUGGGUCCAUUAGGUUUUAGAGGGUGUGUUCCUCUCAGUCUUAAAAACAGCAAGAUGUGUAUGGACAGAUGAGGGCUCAUACAGCGAAAUGUGUGCAGGUAAGAACAGAAUGCCCGAAAUGCCCCGGGAACCGUUUUUUUCUCUCUAGCCAUUGGAUAUGAGGAAAUACACUAACAGACACUAGUUAAUACUUAUUUACAACAAUUUGUUCCCCUUGGAGAACUCAUUUUUCAAUCCAGGUUGAACUUGAUUUCAAUCCCUGUUAAAAGGGCAAAUAACCCCGUUUGUAGAGGAUCAGACUCAUUCCUAACUGGAAAUGUCUGUUAAACGCCUCCCUGCUCUCUGUGUUGAGACCAUAUAAUUUUGUGCCCCAGAGAUAAGAGGGGUAGUUUGUUUACAAAAGAGAUUAGUGUUUAGGACAUCCAGACUCUAGCCUUAGAGCAGAGAUCAAAUAGCAGAUUAGACUAGCCAGAAAGUAUAGUUUGUGUGUGUGUGUGUGCACCUGCCGUGCAUGCAUGUACCCACGUGCCGCGCACAUGAGCGCCCACUGCACAGCUUGCCUGGUGUCGUAGAUGAGCUAACAGGAGGGAUGCUUGAAUUAUUUAAUGUCUACAUAUCCUUUACCACAGUUCUAUCAUCACAUUAUAAAUGCUUUUUCAUUUUUUAUUAGUAAUUUAUUUUUGAAACUUUAUCUUUUUCACCCAACUUAAACCACCAUUUAAUGCAUUUGAUAAGUUUCUAUCAAGUUCUAAAGACACAAUCCAAGUAGUUUCUUCCGUCUUCCUGCCAGUUAUCCACAAUGACCAUGGUACUUUAAUUCGGUCAUUGCAUCACAAUGAAAGCGGAAUUGAUCUGUGCCACCUGCACCAAACCAUUCUUCUGGAAAGGUCACCUGACAUUUUUUUUUUUUUUCUUUUGUCUUUUUGCUAUUUCUUGGGCCACUCCGGAGGCAUAUGGAGGUUCCCAGGCUAGGGGUUGAAUCGGAGCUGUAGUCUCCGCCUACGCCAGAGCCACAGCAACGCGGGAUCCGAGCCGCGUCUGCAACCUACACCACAGCUCACGGCAACGCUGGAUCGUUAACCCACUGAGCAAGCCCAGGGACCGAACCCGCAACCUCAUGGUUCCUAGUCAGAUUCGUUAACCACUGCGCCACUACGGGAACUCCCACCUGACAUUUUUUAAGGAUUCCAAUAAAUAUCUAGUAGUCAUUCCCUAAACACCUUUCCUCCCUUUUGCUUUUUUGUUUGUUUGUUUCACUUCCUAAUCCCCACCUCCACUUUCUUCAGCAGCCUCUGUUCACUUGCACGGUUUUCUGCUGAGCAGCACUGAUAAUCUUGUGUCUGUUUAUGCCUCUAUUCUUUGGGGCCUCUAAGUGUUUUUGUGGAUUUUUACAGGGUCUCUCUGUAUAAAUCGAGCAUGUCUUUUGUUAAACAUUGUUACAAGCGGUGAUCGUAGGAGUGUGUGUCUAAAAGGAUGAGGGUAUCUGGCAGAGUAUGUGAUGUGUGUGUAGAUGAAUAUGAAAGUGAAGGGUUAAUGUGAAAAUGUUUAUAUAUGUCCAGUUACGGUUCACAGUGGGGCUGAGAAUCCUUACUAUGUUCCUGUCUGUGUUUGGAAAGUGGUAGUUUUCAUAAUGUGCUCUUUUUACCCUACCUCUGGCUGACUUCACUCGCAGUGCCAAAUGCCUGUGGUGAGGGGAGGUGGAAAACAUUCAUUAGGUCCAGAGUCCUUGUAAACCAGUGAAUUAGCCCCGGGCUGGUGGACAUGCUCAUGGGUGGACCAGCCAGCAUCUUAGACAAUGUAGCAAAGACCUGGGCAUCUCCACAGAGGCGUAUUGGAGGAAUCACAUCAUGGAGAGCGGAAAUCAAGAUCUUGUGUGGGUUGUAGUUUGUUUCUCUUGGGCUGGCAGUAAGUAGAAUUAUGAGUAAUUCUGCCCUUAUUACAUAAACAAAGCACAUGGGUCUCAAUGGCCUUAUCCUGAAAAAUGUGCAUGGAACUAACCUGUGGCCACUUGUUCUCAGAUUGGAAGAACUGUCAGUGUAGAUAAAAUCCAUUAUUUAUUACUGAUUGGCAUGACAUUUGAAAAUAAGCCUACACAGUAUUUAUCAGUAAAAGAACUAGUCAUGAGCAUCGGAAUAUGUUCAGCACGUACCAGGCUGGGGUGGGAGACUCUGUAAUGUGCUUUCUGUAGCAGCUUCCUCAGAGCGGACACUGCAGACAAGGAAGGGACCAGGGAUCACGGCUCACUCGGUUCUAUAAUUCCAGCCCCAGCAUAGGGUCUGACUUGUGUCCCAUGAUUAAAUGAAUCCUUGCCAAGAUCUCUUAUUCCCUCAGGUUGUUGAGAAACCUUCUAAUUGUUCCUGAUACCUCUUCCCACUCUUCAUCAGCUAGUUAGCAAGAAGGCAAAUGAGAUGAAACAUUUCUAAGACUCUAAGCAGAAGAGGAAUGGAGGAUACACACCAGGGGUGCCAGGAGGCAGCUCUUUGCUCUCUACUUGCCUGAUGGGAGGAGGGCAGGGCAUUAUAUAUUUAGCAGCUUGCAUCAUUUGAUGCUCAGUGCAAGGAGGUGCCCUCAGGGUACCAUUAAAGAUGCUUAAAAGUUUUUGGAGUAGGCUGCCUGGGCUGACCUUACAUCUCCAAAGCUGGCGUAGUUGGUUUGCACUGGAGUUCAUUGUCUUUUUGUCUCCUCAGUGUCUUACUGAGAGACUCCUCUGAGCUUUACCUACUUAAGUCAGUAAGCAUCCUACCAAAUUCCCUCAAUUUCAGUCAAGUAAGACAAGCUGCAGGGGUACCAGACGUAAGUGGGGGAGGGGGGAGCUUGGUCUACGUUUAGAAGAAAUAAAACCUAUACUUUUUAAAGGAAAAAGUUGUAAGAAUUCCUUGGCACAUUGAAUUAUUUAUAGCUUUUGAGAUGUAAAGUAGACUCCUGUGAACCCACAAGAGAAGCAGUAGUUAUUCGCCGGUGCAAUAAAAAUGUCUCUGUGUGUCACUCGCAAUCACAAGUCAUUUCUGUGCGAGUUGCGUUCAUUCCAGAAAAUGGCAUCAUCCUCCGCAGAAGAAGAGGGUGAUUUUUAAAGUGGGAUUUGUUAACAGAUGAUGUGGUGUGGGCUGGGGAGGGGUGAUGGGGAUUUGAUUUGUCCAGCCUCUUGACCGCUUCCUUCAGUACCUCGAUUUAAGAACAAAGAUCGGAGGAGGAGGGGACUAGACAGCAGUAGAGUAUGUAGAACAGCGAAAAGCCAUCACUGAGUAUUCAGAUUUUGAGCUGUGUAAAUAUCAAAUGUCAGCUUCCAGCCUUGUGAGUUGUUUGAGCAGAGAGUUAAGGAGGAAAGGGAGAUGAUUUUGUGAAUAAAAUAUUUUGCCAAACAAA